AUGCAGAACUUUGAGACUAUGGACGCAAAAGAUCGAGUACGAAAGAAAAGCAGCUCUUCCUUUGAUUAUGAAAAGGAAAUGGAAAAAGCUUUGGGCAUGAUUUUUCAAAAUCUACGUGACAUAGAAGAGAGUCGAUUUCGGAUGGCUUCUUAUCAGUGCGAUGAACACCAGAUGGCAAAGCCACUAAGUGUCUCUGAACAGCCUUGCUAUAUUGCAGACUUGCCGGCACAAAAGACAGAUCGCGAAUUUCAAGAAGUUCACAAGGAACAGGUUACAAAUGUUAAGUCCAGGAGAAAGUUACCGUCUGUACCAGUUUCCAAAGGAAGGAUUUUUCCCUCUUAA